CCCGAAAUCGCAUCCGCACCGAUGGCGGGCGGCGCGCGCCGCCGCUCGGCGUCUGCGCAAGCCGAGAACGGGAAUCGUCGGAGGACGGAAGAGCCGAAGGUUGGAAGAUGACCCGGAGCUGGAAUUCUUCCGACUCGUCUCUCAGGCACGUGUCUUUACCCGGACAGGCGCUCAUCACCUGUUUCUACCUGUUGGGCGUCGGAGGCAACGUCUGCGCUCUGGCUCUUCUGGCCAAGGCGGGAGCCGGAGCCAACGAGAAGCACGCGCUGAUGUUACGCUGUCUUUCGGCCGGAGACCUGCUGGCCCUCCUGGGCUCCUUCGCCCUGAUGUACGCUCGCCUGUAUCUCGACCCUCGCCGGGUGGCCACGUCCGUCUUCUGCGCCCUCCGCGUCUUGCUCAGGACCUUCGGCCUUUGGUCGGGGUGCGUGGCGGCCGUCAUGGCCGUCGAGAGGUACCUGGCUCUGGCACGACCCUUUCUCUACCACAAGCACAUCACUUACAAAGUCAUCAAGAGAGUCAUCUUGGCCACGUGGAUGUUGGCGCUGGUGUUAGUCUGUCUACCUCUGAUGGGUUUCGGCCUGUAUUACGACGGCCAGGCCACCGACGGGAGACCCGUCUGCGUCAGAUACAGAUUCGCCAGGUCGGCCAAAGACGUGGCCUACGCCUACCUGAUGCUGGGCUUCGGCCUGUCCCUGUGCCUGAUCAUGGCGGGAUGCAACUUGGCCGUGGUCAGAGUUCUGUGUCGAAUCGGCGCCAAGAAGUGGGAGGCGGGUGCCGGCCGCACCGUCGUUCGCAAGGAGAGCAACGAACUGGCCUUCGACCACGUCACGGCCGAAGAAGUGGCCUUCGCCAAGUUGAUGAUCGUCUUCUGCAUCUUCUUCGUCGUCUGUUGGCUGCCCCAAAUGGUGACCAUCGUCGUGGCCCAAGCCGAUCCGGAGGAGGAGGAGCGCCCCUUCUACCGAGUGGCCGACGUAUUGUUGGCCACCAACUUCAGCCUGGAUCCCAUCGUCUACGUGUUGAGUAGGAGGGCCCAUCGCGAGGGGCUGAAGCGGAUGUUGCGACCCGUCUGCCAACUCUGCCGCUUCCGCCGACCAGACGCCCCUUCCUCUACCCCCGACGCCGUCUGAUCGGCGGUAAGUAGGCCCUGUCGGUAAUAAACGAGGAAAAUUCGCCUUACCGACCGGGUUAC